AUGUCGAGCAUCUCCAGAACCGCAAACCUUCUUCUGCGCUCCAGCAAGGCUUCUUUGCUGCGUCCUCGCGCCCUCAACCCUGUCCAACAUGUGUUUGGCAACAACAAACUAGCUGCUCGUGGGCUGGCUACUACCUUCGAGCGUACUAAGCCUCAUGUUAACAUUGGUACCAUUGGACACGUCGAUCACGGCAAGACCACCUUGACCGCCGCUAUCACCAAACAUCAGUCGGAGAAGGGCCUUGCCAACUUCCUUGAAUACGGUGCCAUUGACAAGGCUCCUGAGGAGCGCAAGCGAGGUAUCACCAUCUCCACUGCUCACAUCGAGUUCUCGACGGACUCCCGACACUACGCCCACGUCGACUGCCCCGGUCACGCCGAUUACAUCAAGAACAUGAUUACUGGUGCUGCUAACAUGGACGGCGCUAUUGUCGUUGUUGCUGCCUCCGACGGUCAGAUGCCCCAGACUCGUGAGCAUUUGCUGCUCGCCCGCCAGGUUGGUGUCCAGAAGAUCGUUGUCUUCGUCAACAAAAUCGAUGCUAUUGAUGAUCCGGAGAUGCUGGAACUGGUCGAACUCGAGAUGCGUGAGCUGCUGAACAGCUACGGUUUCGAGGGUGAAGAGACUCCGAUCAUUUUCGGUUCCGCUCUCUGUGCUCUCGAAGGACGCCGUGACGACAUCGGUAAAGACAGAAUUGAGCAGCUUAUGAACGCUGUCGACACCUGGAUCCCCACUCCUCAGCGUGACCUCGACAAACCUUUCUUGAUGUCUGUCGAGGAAGUGUUCUCUAUCGCCGGCCGUGGUACCGUGGCUUCUGGUCGUGUCGAGCGUGGUAUCUUGAAGAAGGACUCUGAGGUUGAGAUUGUUGGAGGCUCCUUCGAACCCAAGAAGACCAAAGUCACCGACAUUGAAACCUUCAAGAAGAGCUGUGAUGAAUCGCGUGCUGGUGACAACUCUGGUCUCCUCCUGCGUGGUAUCCGACGUGAAGACGUCAAGCGUGGUAUGGUCAUUGCUGUUCCCGGCAGCACCAAGGCUCACGACAAGUUCCUCGUCUCCAUGUACGUCCUGACCGAGGCGGAGGGUGGUCGUCGUACUGGCUUCGGUGCCAACUACCGUCCCCAAGUCUUCAUCCGUACUGCAGACGAGGCUGCUGACCUCAGCUUCCCUGACGGCGACCAAUCUCGCAGAGUUAUGCCUGGUGACAACGUCGAGAUGAUCCUGAAGACCCACCACCCUGUUGCUGCUGAGGCUGGUCAACGCUUCAACAUUCGUGAGGGUGGCCGGACUGUCGCUACUGGUCUGAUCACACGAGUCAUGACCGAGUAA